AUGAAUUGGGGCAGCCCAAGUGACACGACCACCAUGGAGGAACAACCCAACAACUGUGAACUUUCGGUGAAAGAGAGAAAUUGUGUUCAAAAAAACUCGCUACUUAGACAAACGAAUCAAAAGAUAAGUGCUUCUAUACAGAGUGAACACAAUCGAUUUGAAAGAAAAAUGGACUUGGAGGCUAAAAAGUUACGGAAAAAACUCACGAUGAUGAUUCAAAUUGCUAAACCAGUCACGAACAACGAUGCAGGAUCAUGCAGCCCUAGCAAAACAGAAGAUUCGGUUGACGCUUCUAGCAAACUUAGGUUGCCAGCCAUAAAAAGCGAGAUCAAAUCAGCACCAUGUUCCCCAAUUUUAGGCCAUCGAAAGACAACUUUUUCUUGGGAAAAUGUCAGUUUAUCGCCACACUCCGGUUCGAAUCCGUUGCCGAUUCCUCGUCGGUGCUCAUACAACGAAAUCUUCUCUUCACCUCAAGGUUCACCCAUUUUAACUCGGCAAUCGAGUAAUUCUUUUUUGAAUCGAGAUCGUCCGUCAGAGUUGAUACAACUGUCGCCUCGCUCACCAGGAUUGGAAGAAAAUAACGGUAAGCUAUCACCAUCUUUGUUGCCAAGAAAUCUCAAGUUGAGAGAACAAGCUCGUCGCGAUAGCCUUCUAAAGGCGACGCCGGGGAUGCAAUCACCUCAAGGUCCAUCACUAGAGGACCAAUUCAAAUCACUUGGAUCGUGUCGUUAUCUGCGUCGAGCUACUGUAGGUCACGUAAAAGUCACAAUAGAUGAUGAAGAAAAGAAUACUGAACAUGUUCGAGAAAAUACCGUGGAAUUUAGUUAA